AUGGAGAGUGGAAAUGGAACCAAUAAGGGUUCUGAGUCAUCAGCUUCUGCUUCAUUUCAACAUUCUGGAAAGCUUGUGUGUGGUUCAAAUGUCAACCGGCCCAUGAAUGAAACCCCAAAAGUUUCCCCAAACAACAGCAGUAGGCAAGAGCCCUCUCACAAGGAUGAAGAGCCAGAGUUGCAAGCAUUCACAGGGAAGAAAUAUACCCUGAAAUGGUGA